GCCGGCUCCUUCCUCCCUUCCCCUUCCUGGGGCCGGCGGAUGGCGGCUGCCGGCUGCCCGCCCGCCCCGCAUGCCGCCCCGCUCCGCCUGAGCCCGCCGGCCCGCCCGGCCCGAGGACGGAGCCGUGCCGAGGGCCGGGCGGGCGGUGGCGGCGGCUGUGGUGGCGGUGGUGGCGGUGGCGGUGGUGGCGGUGGCGGUGGCGGCGAGGAACGGAGGAGCGGCCAGGGCCGGAGCGGAGCGGCGAGGAGAGGGGCGAGCCCCGGCUGCUAUGGGCGAGAGGCGGCAGGAGGCGGCCGGAGGGCCGGCCACGGUCUUUCCCCAGACUUGCCGAGGACGCGGCGUUGCACGGCGGUUUCAGCGGGAGGAGCAGAGUACCGCGCCCCGAGGAGUGAGGUGCUCAGAGCAGGAGCCACGGGAUUACCUAGCGCCGGUUGCAGCCCGGUGCUUUUGGGCCAAGAGGAGCGGUCGAGGGAGCCGGGCUCGGUUAGUCUGGAGAAGAUGCUGAGGACAGGUUUUCAUCCGGAGUCACAAGAGUCGAGUUCGCUGCUGCAGACAGCGGUUUCAGUGCUGCAAAGCUGCUGCUUGGAUUCUACGUCUCAGGAUGGUUUUCAGUACAGCCAAGCAAUUCUGGUGGAAAACGCUGUUUUUCUGAAUGAGCUCAAAGCUUUUGUCCAAGCAAAGGAAGCCGCCGGAUACAGCCAGGAGGAGCUGGAGGAAACCUUUGCAUUUCUCCUGUUUGACAAUGAAGAAGAGGCCAAAGAAGUGUGUCAGACAGGCCUCCGAGUUAACAGCAGCUCUAUUUCCAUGCUUGGUGAUCCAGCGAAAGGGGUGUAUAUCUCCAAGUACGCAGACUGUCUUCUUCCAAGACCCUGGUACCACGGAAAAUCAGGCUAUAUUGUCAUCUGCAAGCUCAUUAAGGGGAAGGUCAAGGUGGUGUCUGAGAAUUACACAACCAGCUACACCUGCCCCUCUCCCGGCUACGACUGUCAUGUCGCUGUGAGCAAGAACAUCGGACCGUCAAAGGCCAGCCCCUGCCAGGCCUUCGAGCAGAGCCAGUAUUACGUGUAUGAAGUGUCCGAUGGCAGCGCCGCGGAGCGCCCCAGGCAGAUCUGCCCGUACAUAGUCAUCACCUGCCAGUACAGAGAGCCAAAGGAGAUGCCCGUCUUAGCUAGAGAGAGCCUACCUGAGCCUAACCACAAAGCAUUUUACUGCCCGUGGAGGGGGCAGCUCUCCAUCCGGGGCCGGCUCUUGUGCAACAUUGCCCUGAGGACCCCGUACAGCUCCACGAUUCCAGCACAGCUGCCUCCCAACCUGGACAUUAACCACGUCAUGGGUUUGUCUGACUUGAAGAAAAAGCUACCAGAAGCUGCGUUUGGGAAAAGAAAUUACAUUGAGAAUGAAGUCUGCUUUCAGGGCGUUUACUUCAGUCUAUAUGAAGUGGAAAUAGCAAAUAAGGAUCAACAUAAAAUGAAUCAAUUAUUAGAAAAUCUAAAGAAAAGGGACUUGGCGAUCAUCAAAUAUUUACAAGAUCAAGGAGUUCUUAUCCUCCUGACCUCCUCUGCGUUGGCACGAGAUGAUGGAUUCGACCCCAAGGAGCCUGUCAGCCUCCUGGCCCUGUUUCUGUUCACCUCGUCCCGAGCAGUGUGCCUGAGAGCUGAAGAGCACGAUCCAGAAGAUGAAAGGGAAGGUAGUGACGUCUCCUUAAAAAUAGCCUCGGUUUUGCCCGGACUUCGCUAUGCCUUACAGAAAGCCACCAGUUCUCCACGGGGGGACGCGCUCAGUACCGACGUACGUAUCAAACAGCACUUCCAGGAGUACGCAAAGCUUGAGCAAAACGCACAGCACACCUCGGGCCGAAACGACGACGUUCCCUGUCCUUCUCACCUGCCACCAGCCAAGGAUGAACGUAUUAAAUCCUCUAAAAAGCGCUCAGAGCAGUCCUUCUCCCAGCUGCAGCAUUACCUCUCCGAUCCCAGCAGCUACACUCUGGAAAUGUCGGCUGCCUUAGGAUGUUUGGCUGGUGCUGUUCAGUCUCUCUGCUGCAGCUCGGAGGCUGCUCGUAAAGCAGACUGCCCUUUAGCUCUGCCACCAGACCCUGUUCCUCCUGACGUGCCAGCAGAAGUCAAACUCCAGGGUGAAAACCCAAAGCCCACCGCUGUGGGGCUGGGCUGGAGUGGUGAAGGCCCCCCAGAAGCCGUGAGCUCAGCCAGCGAGCUUUGGAUGCAGCAGAACAAGAGGAAAUCCAGCCAAGCCGCUGUGACCAGCACCGGCAAGAAAUGGUCGCCCCUCAAGAUGCAAAUCCAUUCGGUGGGGGACAGCAGCAGGGACAGGAAAGCAACCAAGAGGAAAAUUGCCUUCUCUUUUCCGAAAAAGCCAGGGCUUACGGCCAGCUCGAACGAGCCCAUGCUUAAAUUAGCCAAUUUAGAGUUUCCGCACAGAAGGAAAAGAGGCCACCGGGAUCUGCCCUGCCCUGCUCCUGGUGACGUUGCCGGUGGAUCUGCGAGAGGUUCUUGGAGAGGUGCAGAGGUCCUGUCUGCAGAAUUUGUGCACAAUACGCAGUCUGAACCCGCCCAGAAGGAAACCUCGGCCCCCGACAACCCUGGCUUGGAAACAAAGAGACCAAAGACGCUGAAGAACUCAGACGUGAAAAAGGUUCCUGCUGCUGAGACCAUCGCAAAGCCGGGGAAGAGUAAGGUGAUAAAAAGCGUGGCGAGCAGCCCGCUGAAACCUGCAGCCAAAAAGCCAGCAGAAAGCGAGGGGAAGGAGCCAUUCUCCACCGUUCCGAGCGACGCUUCCUCGCAAAGCCACGCAGCGGAUAGCCAGAUGAGUGAGAUUUACCCAGGUGCUGUUGCAAGCCAUGUUUUUGAUCCGAAGGGGAACGACUACGAGUCCCACGCCCUGAACUUGCUGGCUGACCUGGCUCUGGGUUCUUGUAUUCCUUCGUUCAUCCCCAGGGACGGCGGGACGAUCUCCCUGUCCCGCAGCCCACCCCGCGACCCUGCGAAGGAGCAGCAGGGCCUCCGCAAGCAGAAAUCCUCACGUGCUGCCUCCGACCACGAAUACCACAGGGUAGACAAGCUCGCGAAGGGGGCUGCCUUGCCUGGCAAAGCGUCACCCAACCAGAAGCUUCCACCUGCUGGAAAAACAGACUUAAAAGACUCCCUUCCCGGGGAGAAAAGCCCCGGGAUUUCCGCUAAGAAGAACAGCCCAAACCCCAACCCCGCGAAAACCCGCGCGUUGCCUCCGAGGGAGGCUCAGGAGGCCGCCGAGGCGAACAAGCACUCCUUCAUCUCCUCCGAGCACUCGUACGCCUCGCUGCUGCCCGAGCACCUGAAGAAACACCCGUACCCCAAAAGCGCCCCGUAUUCUGGGCCGGCGCCUUCCAGAAACGGGACGAGGAGCGCACGGGCGGGACCCCUGGUGGGGAAGGUCCUACCUUUCCGCCACCAGCAGAGCAGCGCCCACCCGCAGCGUCCCGCGGAGGCCGCGGCGGCGCGGUGCAGGAGCUGCCUGCUCUCCCCCGGGCUGAAGGAGGACUUCGCCAGGACCCACGCGGUGAAGAGCUGCGGCGAGUCCGUGGAGGUGACGUGCCGGCGGGAGGCUGGGUAUCUCUUCAGCUUGGACAGCAAGUACACCAACGACGAGCUGGAGAAAACGGUGAUCCGCGCCCUGCAUGGGCCCUGGGACCCUGAGCUGCCCGACGACGUGGAAGAGAUGAAGCUGAUACUUCACAUGUGGGUGGCUCUGUUCUACAGCAAGCCCAGCAAGGUCCUGAGCAGCAGGAGGAAGGUGGUGGAGCACAGCAACCCCAAGAAGUUCGUCUCGCUGAACAGCACCGGGGACUUCCUGGAGCUGAGCGAUGACGGCGAGGAUUGUUUCGGGCCGGAGAAGUGCCCCGUGGACUCUCGGUCAGAGCCUGACCGGACUCCUAGCAGCUCCCUGGAUCCCAGCACGCGCUGCCAGGGGCCCUUUCGCCCAGAGGAGAGCCCCGCAGACUCUCAGACUGACGCCGUCGACAGUACGGUGUCGUCUUCUUCAGGGGAGCUGCCCCCCGGGCAGGAGGAACCUUCCUCCACGAGCUCCGAGAGCCCUUCCCUCGCUGAACGCGCUGCUCGGAGCAACCUGGCUGAGAAAUGCAGGCAGCCGGGCCUUCCCGAGGAGGAGCACGUGUGUGAUGUCUCAACCGCCGCUGCGGUGGAGCUGCCCGGGGAGGGACAGCGCGACGCUUCCGUCGCCCCCGGCCCCUCCGACGAGCUCGGCGAUGCCCCCACGCCCCCAGCUGUGCUGGGCAGGGAAAAACCACGCAAGCAAGCCCGGAAUUUCAGCCCAGCUCCCCAGAAUACGCAGCGCGGACGUGGAGGGCAGCCAGAGAGUGGGUGGGCAGCAGGGUCGGGGGGUGGCCCCGGUCCCCCCGAGGAAAGGGGGAGCGUGGGAGGCGCCGGGCGUGGUGCAGAGGCGGAGGAGAGCAGCUGGGCCACCAGCGACAGGGCGCCACGCGCCUCUCAUUCGACGCCCUCGGAAGCGAGUCCCAAGAGAGCAAAGCCCGAUGGACUCGGUGGGGAAGGGGGGGCGUCGCGAGACCCCUUAGGGCGCCCAGAAAUAGAGGAGGAAGGAGAAGCAGAGAAGGAGGACUCUGAGAACGGCAGCGUGAUGGUGGGGCCUGAUGAUUUAGCAUUUUCUGGAAGAGGUGAUGCCGACGUGGAGCAGAAGCUGGUGAAUUCGGCGUGCCCAAGGGACUUUGGUGUUGGUGGAGAGGGCCCCGUGCCCGUCCCUGCUGCCUCAGCCUUCCCCUGCGAGGGCAGAUCGAUGCCGGCCCUGUCGGAUGGGACCGGGGCUGCCUCUCAGGGGCUCUCUGGUGGCACGGCCCCGAGCGUGGGUGUGCUGCAAGAGCCCUGGGGGGCUUUGGCCUCCCCAAGUGCCGGGACAAACAGCGUCGCUUUGGCACACGAAGCCAGCCCAGACGACGUGGGUGACAGCGGGUUGGCGCCACCGUUUCCACCUGCUCCGAGCACACACCCUGACGUCCCCACAGCCGGCGCUGGACCUGCCGGAGAGGCGCUCGGGGAUGGUUUGGAGCAGGAAGAUGAGGAUCGUGCGCCCUCUGCAGAAACCUGGCUGCUCGCUGGGAGCCAAGCUGCUGGCACGGCUGGCCUCGAGUCACGGGGACCGGCACCGACCUCGUCCCCCGGCUCCAGCUCUGCCUGCCGGGCGUUUUUUGACGGGGCGGCAGCUGUGGGGGCUGCUCCAGGGGUCCACGUGGCCGCGGCGCUCGUCCAGGCUCCGUUGAGGAGCAGCCCCGGAGGGAGCAGCUGCCUUCCCCAAAGGUGCGCAGGCGAAAUUUGUGCCGCCCUCGCUUCGGGGAGCUCUGGUGAAUCAAGCCAAGAGCGGACCAAGGGCUUGGUGGAAGGGCGGUGUAGCAGCCCCCCUGCCAGCCGCCCCGAUGUUCUGGGGGAGUCCUCGGGAGCUGGUGAUGGCCGCGGCUUCGCCUUCGACUGUACGGCCUGGGCAGGGGACUCCGAAGCCUGGGAGAACGCUGCUGUGUGCCCCAGUGCACGCAAGCCCCCUGGGAGCAACGAAACGAACGCGUCGAUGGUGGCUGAGGAGCCAGAGACCUCUCUCCACGACCUGCUGGGAUCAGAUUCCUUCUCCUCGAUGCGAGAGGUGGAGCCUCCGGGCAACAAACCUGCCCCCCCUGAUCAGGACCCUCCCCGGGGUGCCGAUGCCCCUCGCUGCUUGUUAGAGCAAAGUGAGGAGGGGCCACGUUGCCCCCCUGGGGAGCCCCCCGAGCAAGGAGCUGCUGCAGAGCUGAGCGUGGCCGCCGAGAGCCCAGCGCCGGACGGCUCCUUAAAGCCCGGAUUUGCGGGAGAGGUGAAAAAAGACCCAGGUCUGUGCCGGACGGAGCCAGCGGAGAGCUCCCCCCUGGGUGUCCUCGUGCCCGGUGAGCCGGAACCCGCUCCUUGUUCUCCUCCACACGGCCACGAAGCAGGUCGGCGCGGCGCUGAGCCGGACUCGGUCCUUGGCGCGCACCCCGACACGAGCCGUGCUCCGCGUGGUGCCCCCAGGCCCUGCUGUGGGGGACAACAGCCACCAGGCGCCUGCCGCGCGUGUGCCAGCCCCGGGGCCCGGGCAGCAGGCGUGGUGGGGAGCCACGAGGAGGAACCCAUCCUGCACGAGGAGGAGUCCGAGGGAGGAAGCGGCGUCCCUUUUGCCAGCCCGGCGUCUUUUUCAGCAGGAUUUGUGCCGCGGGGGGAGGCCAGAUCCACGGGUGGCCAGGGCGAGUACGAGGCCGAGGAGCGCGGCGUGUUCCCUGAUCCUCACCGUGCCGACGUGGAGGCGGAAGAGGGAGCAAUCCCCGUUCCCCCCUUCCCAUCUUUGCUGUUACAUGCCCGCGGGGACUCUGCAGGGAGCCCGGGGGACGGCGACGCUGGGGACGUGCCGGGUGCUGGCCCGAGGGCCGAACGCUUCCCCAGCACGGACAGACGCGCGGGCUCGAGCUUGGCGGAUCUCUCCUACGAGUCUUACCCCAGCGACUCGGACUGGGAGUGCUUCGCACGGACUUCCCCUCCUCUCCUUCCGUCCAGGGGCUGCUACAGCCCGGGAUCUGGGGGUGCCGGGGGCGCGAGGACCGACUGCAGCUCCUCGGUGGGCUCGGGGUGCGCGGAGGGGCGCAGCGAGGCCUGGGGCUCGCCGAGCUCGGACGAAGGCUGCUGGUGGGCCGAGCACGGCGAGCCCGGCGGGCUGGAGGAGGCCAGCAGCAGGCAGGUGCCACCUUACGUCAAUAUUACGGACAGCCGGGGGGUCUCCAAGGAUUACCUCAACUUCACGGUCACCAAAAAACGCCGGGGCGGGAGGGGGAACGCGCAGCCUUCCAAGAGACGCCGCCGCCCCUGCGCGGGGCGGUCUCGUCCGCUGAGGUCGUGCUGGGGGGCGCGGUGGGGCUCGGAGGAAAUCACCCAGCGCACUUUGGACAUGGAGCACCUCCGCUUCCACUGUAAGCUAAACCAGAUCCUGAGGCGGGGGCAACCGCCCCUUUCUACCUCCGAGAGCAUCUUCCCGAAAGACUGCUCGCGCCAGGCGGUGUCCGAGACGUUGCCCGGCCAAGAAGCUCCUGUCCCUCUGUCCCCGCGGAGCAGGAGCCCUCUGCAGGUGACAAUCCUGCCCUCGGACCCGUGGCCGGGUGGCUUUGGCUGGCACCGCCGGCGCAGGGACCCGUCCCGUCGCCCCCCGCGGCGCGAGAGGAGCGGGGCCGAGUCCCGAAACCGGGACCGCGCCGCUCCCUUCCACCUCGGCAAGCUCAAAUACGAAAAUAAAGCGCAGGGCCCGCAGGGGGACGUCUCGGCCGUCCUCGGCGAGUACACCGAGUUCGACAGGCUGAUGCUGAGCAGGGUCGAGACGGGAGGAGAGGACCGAGGGAAGGGCCCGGCACGCGGGGAGGCUGCAGGUGGUCGGCCACGGCCGUCCCAGCCCCGGCGGACGGCGGCGUUCGGGGACUUGGUGGCGGAGCUGUGCGGCACGCUGCGGGGCCGCCUGCGCAGCGUGGCCAAGGGGGCCUGCAGGCGCCCGGGGAUGUUCUACCUGGUGGAGACGGGAGAGGAGCCUUUCUUUGCAAGAGUGAAGACCUUGCUGAAGAAAGACGGCCACGUGGAGAUCGAGCCCCUGAGCUUCUGCAGCGCGAAACGCCCGGACAGCGACCGGCUGCUCGUUGUGAUCAGGAACGAGGACAUUUCCUCGCACAUCCACAAGGUCCCGUGCUUGCUGAGCCUGAAGCACUGCCCCAACGUGGCGUUCGCCGGCGUGGACAGCCCCGAGGACAUCACGGUUCACACCUACCAGGAGCUCUUCCACACCGGUGGCUUCGUGGUGUCGGACGACGAGGUGUUGGAAACGGUGACGCUGGGCCAGCUGAAGGAGGUGGUGAAGGUGCUGGAGAAGCUGAACGGGAGCGGACGGUGGAAGUGGCUCCUUCACUACAAGGAGAGUAAAAAGCUCCGAGAAGACGUCAGGGUGGACGCCAAUGCCCACAAGAAGAACUUGAUCCUGAAAUCGUGCCAAGGAGCCGACCUCAUCGAGGUGCUGCACUACCACUCGUGCGACUCCCGCUCGUCCCCCACCUCUGAGUACGUGAAGUGCUUGUUGAACCUGCAGGUCCAGCACGUCAGCGCCAGGUUCGCCGUGUACCUCACGGAAAAGCCCGGUGUCAGCAGGGAGGUCUUCGAAAGCAAAGGAAUCCUCGUGGCCGACGUCAACACCUUCCUUGGGACGGUGCAGAAAGUGGCUGCCCCAUUUAGGAGAAGCUACUGGUAA